ACGAGUAAGGGGCAGAGACACCGGACCCCCUCAGAAGCAUUGUUACUAUGAGCGGGGGGUCAGGUUUCUCUGCACCUGACCGUACGUUUAACUUUAUCGUGCAAGCGAACCUUAGGUUAAGUUUAGUUUUAGGUACUUAUUAUUAUAAUUAUAAUUAGGUAUUAAGUGUAUGUGUAUGUUAUAAUGAAUAAAUUUUAGUUAUUAUUAUUAGUUCUGUUUUAUUUCUCUGCUUUUUUCAUUAGGAAAAUAAGAAACCAUUAGAAUGCGCGGGACUAGGUUUAACGUCAGCAUUUUUAUGAACGCUAAUGUAGGUUACUUAAUGUGCGCGUGCGCGGGGGCAUGACCGCAGUUUAAACAGUCAGCAAAAAUAAUGACAACAACUUGGUUAAGUUGUAAGCUACUCACUCCUAUACGAUUUCAUAGAGAUAGAAAAUGACUGCUUCAUUUACCGAUACGUAUAUUAAGUGAAGCAUUUUUUACAAUAGGACUCAUGCUUAUUUUGAUCGAGUAAAGGAGAAUACCAUUUUGGCGAGAACAUGUCUAUUUCGAUCUUAGAUGAGGCUGAUCUGACUGACCCCUACUACUAUGCACAGAACAUGUUGGAAGGGCUCGAGAGCGAUGUCGAGGAAAUACGGAAUCCAGGUCCUGCAGACGGCGGGAAGCGGAAGAGCAAACCUACGAGAAAACGGACUGCAAAAGAAUCCACAUUGAAAUCAUAUGUGGUUAGCAAGGCAGUAAAGAGAGGUCAUCGCUUAGUGAAAAUAGAAGUGUUUGAUCUAAAUGAGUGUCAGGACACAAAUAGUGAAAAUGCAGUGUUAAGUGCUCAAUACGUGGUUGUAGAUCCCGUUGAUGAAGUAAUGGACAUGGCAGAGAAUAUUGUCAACAAAAUUUCAAAAAAGAUGUGUAAUAAUUAUUAGUCUAUUUUUAUGUGUAUGUGAUAAUAAAUAUAGUUUGGUUUUAUAAAAAUAAAGGCAUUU